CACAACUGCAACAAUGACCGACAGACUUCAACCUCGCGUUGCUAAGUCUUGCGACAAUUGCAAGGCAAGGAAAACUCGCUGCAUACGCCCUCCAAGCAGCACAAUCUGCACCCCUUGCCAGAAACGCAAAGUCGAGUGUCACUAUAGCCUAACCCGGAGACAAUUGAGGCCAAAGAAGUCCGAAGAUUUCUCAACUCCAGCAACUGUUCCUUCAUCGAAUUACAAUGUCUUCUCUUCAGCGGCAUCCGUGUCCACGGAUGCCUCGGCAUCUUAUGUUGAUCAAAUUCUCGUCGAUAAGAACGCAGAUGGAAGGAAUCGUGAGGCAUGCUCCAUAUUCAAGGCUCGUGAAAACCAAGUCCUUAGUACCGGCAUGGCCUUCUUUUCAGAUAGCCAUAUCCACUCCCUUACCAAUAUACUGGGUCACAGCAGACUGAGAGACCUUCUUGAUGCCAUGGGGGAAGCGAUGCAUCAGCAUGCACAUGGAAUUGACAUAGAUUUCAGCGCUCCCGAACCACCUGUUCAAAUCUCCCAUGAGGAGGCAGCUCAUUAUAUCACAGUGUAUUUCGAUGACUUACACCCCUUGACACCAUUCCUGGACCGAGCCGACUUUGAACGGAGAGUCUCAGACCCAGGAUUAUCGGAAAUACUGGAAAACAAUGCGCCAUUCUGUGCACUAUAUCAUACUCUGCUGGCACUAGGAUGCCAGUAUAUGGAUGGUGGCUCUUUCAUUCCAGGGAAAGGUAAAGCAUGGAAAUAUUUUCAGUGCGCAUUGAGCCUCUUUCCAAGGAUACUUGCUCCGCCCCAAGGUUUACUUCAUGUCCAAGCAUUAACGGCCAUGGGAAUUUUCACAAUGAGCUUCUCUUGUAUACCUAUCGGUGAAACCUUGGUUUCCGAGGCCGCGAGAAUAGUUCAGUUACUGGGAUACAACGCCGCAUACGUACAAACGGAGGAUGAAAGAUCAUGCCACAGAGCCUUCUGGGUUAUAUAUUGGCUGGAAAAGGUCACCUCGUUUUUCCGAGGGCGUGGUUCGAUGAUACCCGAUUAUGACAUAGGCUGUCCCGUUCCGGAACCCCCCGAUACAGUCCCUGGACAGCUUGAUUGGCUAUUAACGACAGCACGCCUAGGUCGGCUGAUGUCUCGCACUUACGAAUGUCUCUUCUCCGUGAGUGCGGUUCAGAUGCAUACAGAUGCCCGUAUCGCAGCGAUAGACUCGAUAUCGCGCGAGCUAGAAGCGUGGAAUUGCACCCUUCCGGAACCCUAUCAGCCCGGAACUCCAAUUCGCUUCUCCAAAAGCAAGAACCCCUGCGCGCAAGAUAUGGCGCUACAAAUAAGAUUUAUAUAUUAUGCAUUGGUUAUGUCUAUGUGUCGGCUUCGAAUCCAUCUUACGGUCGACCAACCGAGUGAGACGAAUCAAGACACCAAGCGUCAACUGAUGGAGGCCGCCCGAGCCGUUAUAUACCAUACACGGUAUAUUGAGCAUGAAGCGCAUGUCCCAGUCUGGCAACUCGGUAUCGUGCCCAUCUCGGCUCUUUUUGUUAUCUUUGACUUUGUUAUCCACAACCCGCUCCACAAGGAGACGGCCACCAAUAUCUCGUUCCUGGACAUAGCAGCCGGUUAUUUCAGCCGCUGGGAGAUCAGUAACAAAGAUUCUCUUCCGGCAUCAAGUGCCGCUGAAUUUUCUCACAUUGCCCGUCAAUUUGUGCGGGAUGUACAAGCCAGGUCACAGACCAUGGGCUCGCGACGGACUUCGCGCCUCGAGUCAGAUAAUAUUGGGCCAAUGACUGGCGGAAAGAACGACUCGUCCGGUUUUCCUAUGCAGCCAAGUCACGUUAUUAAUGAGGAACCCCUCGUUCUUCCGGACAUUGAAGGUUCAUCGGCCAUUGGCCCAGACCAACUAUUCUAUCCUGAAGACCCACUUCAAACCUUAUUAGGGACCUACUUGCCGCCGACGACCGACUUAUCUAAUAUGUUCAACUCUGCUUUGUGGUAUCCGGGAUCACUGUAAUACCCGUGUCGAAAAAGUAAGUUGGAGAAUCCCAUAGGUUAAAAAAAAAAAGGACACUUUCAGCGAAAUAGACCUUCCACCGAGCGGUAGAACCAGCAAUUGCUGGUGAUGCCAAUAUGACAAAUGUGGGGCAUGCAAAUCGGCAUUCCUGUUCAGGCCUGAGAUGUAGUAGUGUAUUAGCUUUAAAUCAAAGUCCGG